AUGUCGACCGACCUGACCGGAGAGCAGAUGCAGGCCAAAAUCACAGCUGCCAGGAGAGAAGCAGAGGGCCUCAAAGACAGAAUUAAACGCAAGAAGGAUGACCUGGCUGAUACAAGCUUGCGACAAGUCGCCCUCAACAACACAGAGGCCUUACCUCGGAUAGGCAUGAAGCCUCGAAGAAAUCUCAAGGGCCAUCUCGCCAAAAUCUACGCCAUGCACUGGUCAACAGAUCGCAGGCAUCUGGUGUCGGCGUCUCAGGAUGGCAAGCUCAUCAUCUGGGAUGCAUAUACCACUAACAAGGUCCACGCUAUUCCCCUCCGUUCCUCGUGGGUCAUGACCUGCGCAUAUGCCCCUAGUGGUAAUUACGUCGCUUGCGGUGGUCUCGACAACAUUUGCUCAAUUUACAAUCUCUCCACGAGGGAAGGCCCGACGCGUGUGGCUCGCGAACUGUCUGGUCACUCUGGGUACUUGUCAUGCUGUCGUUUUGUCAAUGACCGAAAGAUCAUCACUUCGUCCGGUGACAUGACCUGCAUGAUGUGGGAUAUCGAAACCGGUUCCAAAGUAACAGAGUUUGCAGAUCAUUUGGGGGACGUGAUGAGCAUCAGCAUAAAUCCAACCAACGCCAACAUAUUCGUGAGCGGCGCCUGCGACGCUUUUGCCAAGUUAUGGGACGUCCGAACCGGGAAAGCCGUUCAAACAUUUGCUGGACAUGAAUCUGACAUUAAUGCCAUUCAAUUUUUCCCAGAUGGAAAUGCAUUUGGAACUGGCUCGGACGACGCCUCUUGCAGACUGUUCGACAUUCGGGCAGAUCGAGAACUGAUGUCUUAUCAGAACGAACAAGUGCUUUGCGGUAUCACGUCUGUCGCUUUCUCAGUUUCUGGCCGGUUACUCUUUGCUGGGUAUGAUGACUUUGAAUGCAAGGUCUGGGACACUUUGCGUGGUGAUAAAGUUGGUUCAUUGAACGGUCACGAAAACCGGGUCAGUUGCCUUGGAGUCAGCAACGACGGGAUCAGUUUAUGUACUGGCUCUUGGGAUUCUCUACGGCAAUUUGACUCAAAUGUCAUCCUCGACGGGGCGGGCACCAUCAACCAAAUCACCUUUUUCCUUAUCAACGAUCGCAUCGACAGCUUCUGA